CCACCAACGUCCUUGCACCAAAUUAUCCCCACACCCUAUUCCAAUAACCUCCAAAUGAUGAACAAAAACCAAACCCACCGUACGCGUCCGUGGCCCGGCUUCCCGACCCCAAAGUCCCUCGGAACAAACUUCGGCGACGCUAACUGCAUGGAGCAGCUGCUUGUCCACUGUGCCAACGCCAUCGAAACCAACGACGCCACCCUCACCCAGCAGAUCCUCUGGGUCCUCAACAACAUCGCCCCACAAGACGGCGACUCCAACCAGCGCCUCACCUGCGCGUUUCUCCGUGCCCUCAUAGCCCGCGCAGCCCGAAUCGGAAGCUGCAAGGUCCUCGCAGCCAUGGCCAACUCCCAAGCCAACUUCACCAUCCACACUCACAAGUUCUCAGUCAUUGAGCUCGCCUCCUUCAUCGACUUGACCCCGUGGCACAGGUUUGGAUUCACCGCCGCAAAUGCAGCAAUUCUAGAAGCCGUUGAAGGGUAUUCUGUGGUUCACAUUGUUGACCUGAGCUUGACGCAUUGCAUGCAAAUCCCAACUCUUGUCGACGCCAUUGCCAGCCGUCAGGACGCUAAUGUGAGUCCUCCGUUGCUGAAGCUCACUGUGGCAGGUACCACGGAGGACAUUCCUCCAAUGCUGGACCUCUCUUACGAGGAACUAGGUUUCAAGUUGGUUAAUUUCGCCAGGUCCAGAAAUAUAGUUUUAGAGUUUAGGGUCAUCCCGUCAAGUUACACCGACGGGUUUGCCAACCUGAUUCAACAACUCCGCGUGCAAAAUUUAGUAUAUGCGGAGAGUGGUGAGGCGCUUGUCGUGAACUGCCACAUGAUGCUUCACUACAUUCCUGAAGAGACAUUAACACUUCCGUCAAUCAAUCUGAAUCCAAGCAGUAGUGGUUCGACUAGCUCUUACGCUUUCGAUGUAGCAUCGUCCUCUUCGAGUACUACUCCAUCGCUAAGGACAAUGUUUCUAAAAGCGCUUCGGGGUUUGGACCCAACGAUUGUGGUUUUAGUGGACGAAGAUGCGGAUUUGACAUCGAAUAAUCUAGUGUGUAGAUUGAGGUCGGCCUUCAACUACCUGUGGAUACCUUACGACACCGUGGACACAUUUUUGCCCCGGGGAAGCAAGCAGAGGCAGUGGUAUGAGGCGGAUGUGUGUUGGAAGAUUGAGAACGUGAUAGCGUACGAAGGGUUUCAGAGGGUGGAGAGGCUCGAGCCGAAAUGCAGGUGGGUGCAGCGGAUGCGAAACGCCAACUUUCGAAGCGUUUUGUUCGGGGAAGAUGCGGUUUCGGAAGUGAAGGCCAUGCUUGAUGAACAUGCAGCUGGUUGGGGAUUGAAGAGAGAAGACGAAGAUGUUGUGCUUACAUGGAAAGGGCACAAUGUUGUGUUUGCCACUGCUUGGAUACCUGCUUGAAAUUCACAAGUUGAAAUUCCUCAAGAAAAUGAUCUGACCAGUUAAUUAAUAUAGAAUCUCUCUUUUGUUUCUUCUUCUUUCUUGGUCUGUUAUUUGAUCUCUUUGGCUAGUAGCUAGCUUAUAAAUUAGUUAAUGGUCAUGUUUUACAACUAAUUUUUACUUAGUAGAUGAGAGCUUAAAUUUUAAUUAAAGUGGGGUUUGUGUCAUAUUUGGAAUAAUUUUGAACCAUGCAUUUGUGGUUAUAA